AUGGAAUCCGAUGGGUACUGGGAAUGUGUGGAGAUUCGAGGAGAAGUGUCCAAUGGAGCGCAUUUUCUGUGUCAUUCGCUGAAUACAGAACAUGCUUUAAAAAUUUUAAAGGUUCUUCCAACAGCAAUUACCUCUAUCACUGUCCGGAUGGACCCAAAUCCAUGCAGAAAUUGGGAAAAGCCAAAAAUCAAGGAACGAAUUCAAAAUUGGCAACAAUUGAUGACUGCGAUGUGUGAAUUUCCAGAAAAUUCGAAAAUUAUUUUGGAUUCUAAUAUGUUGUCCUAA